ACAGCUUCUCUUAAACGAAGCAGCUUUCCAGAGGAUUUCAUAUUUGGUACAUCAUCCUCUGCAUAUCAGUAUGAAGGUGCAGCGAAUGAAGGCGGCAGAGGUCCGAGUAUUUGGGACACUUUCACUCAUAAAUACCCAAAUAAAAUAAAGGAUCAGAGCAACGGGCAAAUCGCGGUCGAUUCAUACCAUCGUUUCAAGGAGGAUGUGCAAAUAAUGAAGGACAUAGGAUUCGAUGCCUAUAGGUUCUCCAUCUCAUGGUCUAGGGUACUACCAGGUGGAAACUUAUCAAGUGGAAUAAAUAGUCAAGGCAUCGUAUAUUACGACAACCUCAUCAAUGAACUUCUAUCAAAAGGUUUGAAGCCCUUCGUAACUCUUUUCCAUUACGAUCUCCCCGAGAGCCUAGAAAAUGCAUACGGUGGCUUUCUGAGCCCACAAAUAGUGAAGGAUUUCACGGACUUUGCAGAGGUGUGCUUCAAGGCAUUUGGUGACAGAGUGAAGUACUGGAUCACAUUAAAUGGCCCAUCAAUUUUUUCUCAACAGGGUUAUACAAAGGGUUUAUAUGCCCCAGGCAGAUGCUCAAACUGGUUGCCAUUGAACUGCACAGGUGGUGAUUCUUCUACUGAGCCUUACCUUGUUUUCCAUCAUCAGCUUCUUGCCCAUGCUGCUACUGUAAAAGUUUACAGGGAAAAGUAUCAGAGUACACAAGGGGGACACAUUGGGCUUAUUCAAGCCAUUGAUUGGGUUAUACCGUUGUCCCAGUCCACGGCAGACAUUGAUGCAGCAUCUAGGGCCAUUGCUUUCAUGUUGGAUUGGUGCAUGGAACCACUAAAUUCUGGUUCGUACCCGGUUGAAAUGGUUCACUAUGUGGGAGAAAGACUGCCAAAGUUUUCUAAAGAGCAAUCAGAUAUGAUGAAAAAUUCUUUUGAUUUUGUUGGCAUCAACUAUUACUCUACAGCAUAUGCAACUGAUGCUGAAUGCCCAAUCGAAAAGAAAACCUACCUCACAGACUUUUGUGCUGAGCUUACGUAUGAACGUGAUGGCAUUCCAAUUGGUCCAAAGGCCGCCUCAGAAUGGAUAUACCUCUACCCACAAGGAAUCGAAGAAGUGUUACUCUACAUCAAGAACAAAUUUAACAAUCCAGUCAUAUACAUAACAGAAAAUGGUUACGACGAUUUUAACGAUGGAAAAGGAUCACUCGAAGACCAAGAGAGAAUAGACUGCUACAUUCAACAUCUUUCUUUUGUUCAAAGUGCUAUAUUGAAUGGCGUCGACGUGAAAGGCUACUUUGCGUGGUCGCUUUUGGACAAUUUUGAAUGGUCGGACGGUUACACUGUUCGAUUUGGGAUUGUUUAUGUUAAUUAUACGGAUGGAUUAAAGAGAUAUCCAAAGGAUUCAGCUAAAUGGUUUAAGAGGUUUCUCCAUCAAGAUUUUAAAUCUCAUUGA